AUGGUUCGACUCCACACCCUGCCAAAAGGCCUCCUAUCCAUCAUGGGUCGAAAAAUUGGUCGAGGCUUGUCUAGAGUAAGGUCCCCUUUCUCCACACGACCUAGGAACAAAACUGCAACAGUGAUUCCACGAAAAUUCAAAGACCUUCAAGGAACGCAAAUAGAAGAAGAAAUGAGUGAAGGAAGUCCUGGAAUCUGCACAAAAUAUGAUGUGGUGUGGGUUAGAAAAGCACUGUGUUAUAGUGCACACUCUUUUCCGAUGAAGAUUGGUCAAUGCCUUAUGGGAUGCACUCGUACCAAGUACAAUAUGCUGUGUGAAGGCACUGCUGGUUCUUUGCUCGAGAAUGUAGCUGCUUUUCCAUCCACUAGUCAUCUAGCUUCGUUUCUUGGUAGUUUUCUUCCUCAUCAGUGCUCAUUUCUAACUGCUCGCGAUGGCGCUCCCGACAGCUAUCGGAUAGAUCCAGAACUUGACAAGGAAAUCAAACGCAUGUACGCCGAUAAGGAUGUACUGGAGCGUCACUCGAAUGAGGCAACCUCAAAUAGCAGCGGUUUUUAA